AUGGCGUUUACAUUAUAUUCCCUUAUUCAAGCGGUGAUUUUGUGUGUAAAUGCUGUCGCCGUAUUGCACGAAGAGAGAUUUUUAAGUAAAAGUAAGUGACCGUCUGCACAUUUUGUUUAGCAUCACUUGCAACAGUGAUUUGCUAGCUAGCUAGUCUGUUGAAAUGGGUUGAUGAUAGAUAGCUAGCUACUUAGCUAGACAGGGAAGCAAGAAUGUAUUUGGUUGAUAUGAGUCUGUUGAUAGCUAUAUUUUUUAGCAUAAUUUGGCGUUACUGCUCAAUUAGCUAACUAACUACACCAGUAUAAUGAGUUGUUAAAGCUUACAGGUACGUUGAUCUGCCUCUUAUGGCCAGGGCCAUUUAAAUGUUUGCAUUGUUUUAUUCUGUCUAGUUGGCUGGGGUGUGGACCAAAGUAUUGGGGGAUUUGGUGAUGAACCAGGCAUCAAAGUGCAGCUAAUGAACCUUGUCCGCUCUGUGAGGACAGUAAUGAGAGGUAUGACUGAAAAAUCAAUACCAUUUUCAAAUAUCUUUUUUUUUUCUGCAUGCAUACUGUUGUUUAAAAAAAAAUAGAUUAUUCUUGUUUUCCUCUAACAAUUUGAUGAUCUUGACCUAACUGAACUGAGACUGGUUUGUGGCAUUAUUCAUCAUAUUUUCUCUCAUCUUGCAGUGCCCUUGAUUGCUGUCAAUUCGGUCUGCAUUGUGUUGUUGCUGCUGUUUGGCUGA